AGCGUCCACCGCGGACGUGGAACAAGCUUUCCUGAGCUUCUUCCCAACACUGUGGGUGUUUGUUCUUAGGAAAGUCGGACACUUUUGGGUUUUUUGGAGCGAUUUUGGACGGAUUUAAGGUCUAGAGCGUCUGGAAGAACGUGUAGAUACAGUGUUGAGUUUGUUAGAAGUGUGGAAAUAUCAUUAUUUAUCCUAAUUAUUGGAAAAAUAGCGUUGGAAAGCCAUGCAGAUGCCUGCAAGCGUCCAGAACAGCUAGCUAGCUCUCCAGCUGGUGGGUAGGAGGCGCGUCCAGAAGGUUCCUGAGGAUUCUGCAGGUUCCUGAAGGGUUCCUGGAGGUUCUGGUGUAAGGAGCACCGAUGGCACCCAUGGGUAUCCGGCUCUCCCCGCUCGGGGUGGCCGUGUUCUGCCUGCUCGGGGUCGGGGUGAUCUACCACCUGUACGCCGGGGUUCUCUCCAGCCGGCUGGCCGCGUUCCGGCAGAAGAGGACGGUGGACCUGCGGGAGCUGCUCGCGCUGUCCCUGGAGGCCGCGGUGCAGGGCGGCCGCGAGGUGAAGCGCAUCCGCGAGGAGGACACCCUGGAACAGAGAUCAAAGGGGAAGACCAAAGAGGGAGCCAAUGAGAUGCUCACACUGGGAGACCUCAACUCCCACAGGAAGAUGUACUACCUGAUCAAGAACACCUACCCCUAUCUACAGGUGAACUCAGAGGAGCAUGAUAACUCAGAUGGAGAAGCCACCAUAUGGAUGCGCAAUAUCCCCAGUGAGAUCCUCAACAAGAUCCCUGCAGGUAAACUGGUUCCUGCAGACAGUGUGACCGUGUGGAUCGAUCCACUGGACGCCACUCAGGAGUACACAGAAAACCUGAGGCAGUAUGUGACGACCAUGGUGUGUGUGGCUGUGGACGGGGAUCCUGUUAUAGGCGUGAUCCACAAACCCUUCACUGGGUACACAGCGUGGGGGAUGGUGGGUGAAGGAGGGAACAUCAAGCCUCGCGAUUCCUACAACUCCAACAACCCCAAGGUCAUCGUAUCACGCUCUCAUUCAGGCAGAGUGAAGAGCUUCGUUCAGCAGGCCUUCGGGAACAAUACUGACAUCAUACCAGCAGGUGGCGCAGGAUACAAGGUUCUCGCUCUACUCGACGCUUCUGAUGAAGAAUACGAGAAGGCAGACAUGUACAUCCACGUGACCUUCAUCAAGAAAUGGGACAUCUGCGCCGGGAACGCCAUUUUAAAGGCUCUGGGUGGUCACAUGACCACUCUUAAAGGGGAGGAGAUCGACUACUCGGGCUCGGAGAAGAAUCCGGGGGGGGUGCUGGCCAGCGUUAACAUAGACCACAAAGCCGUGGUGAACAGACUACCAGCGUGGGAGGAAAGCAAAAACUGAGCUUCAGAACCACCAGAGACUUGAGAUCAAUAACCAGGAAGAGAACCAAGAACCUGUUGAAGCACAAGGUGGAGCAUCGUCUCGUCUCGUCUCGUCUCAGAUCGUCUCGUCUCUGCGGGGCGUGUGGAGGGCAGCUCUUAUAAUAUAUUAUAUAUAAAAAUACGCUAAAGGAAGGAAAGACAGACAGACAGAGUGCCUUUGGCUGUGAGUCAAGUCGAGUUGAGCUGAAUUGAGUUGAAUUAAGUUGAAUUAGACUGUUUAAAAAAUGUUUAACGUCUGAAUCAUUUCUCCUGAACGAGUCUUUAAUAAUUAAUGAUGUGAGUUUAAAAAAAGAGCAGAGUCUCACUGAGGACUGAAUUAUUAAGCUCCAUGUUCAACACAAAUCUUAGUUUGAAAUCUGUUUUUUGAGUAAAUUAAAGCGAUAGUUUGAGUGAAAAAAGAGAAUAAACAUGCAUUUCGUAGCUGCCCAAUGAAAAACACGUAUCUCCAAAACAGCAACUUUACAGGAGAGAGAAAAAACCUUGUAAACUUUCAAUGGAAGUCAAUGUAAAAAGAGUUUAUUCCAGGUCAUUUUGAACAGUUUCUAUUGGUCCGUUCAUCAAGACAUUUUGGCACAGUGUAAGGGACAGUUUGUCUGUUCAAAUUAUGUAGUAAACUAAAAAUCGACAAAAAUGGAGAUAGGUGUUUUUUAUUGGACAGCAAGGAUUUUCUCUCCUGAGCCCAAAUGUAGCCGAUCAGCCAGGAUGAAUAUAUUUUUUGGGUUAAAUUUAGGUUUGCAGUGUCAGAAACUACACAAAUAAAGAGAUCAGAGAUUAUCAAUCCCCAAUAGAUUAAUAUAUUAUAGUAGAUUAUUAGUAAAGUCAUCCAAACUAUGAAGAAAAACAUAUGGAAUUAUUUAUUAAACAAAAAAAACUGGAUUUUCUCAGUCAGUUUUAUGAGGUAGAGUCUCCAGGAAUUCAUGCUUUCAGUUAACAGCUGUGCUGAACUCAUCAAGAGUUAAUUAAGUACCUGAGUUUCUUGUCUCUUAAUAAAGUGUUUGAGAGCAUCAGUUGGUAGCAGGGGUGGACGAUAUAUGGCCCUAAAAUAAUAUCACAAUAUUUCAUGGCUUUUUUUCUUAUUUAAAAAAAUAUAUAUUUUACAUAUAUUACACUACUGCAACUAAAUCUACAUUUAUUUGUAUUAUUGCAUACCAUAUAAUAUGAUAUGAAACACUCCUAAAUGAGAUAUUAAAAUUUUUUAUCAGAUUUGUAACAGAAGUCAAUCCUGAUCCAGAAUGUCAUGAUACUACUAAUAAUAAUGCACUCCAAAUAAUAUCUCCAUAUAUCCAGGAUUAAAGUAAAAUAAAUGAUACUGGGCAAAUAUAAUCUGUCUCUAGUAGAUAUAUAGUGGAAAAUGAGAACAGUGUGAAUUUUUCUUUUGGCUGAUAUGGAACGAUAUUUCACAUUCACCAUAUUCAAAAAUGUUGGCUCUAUUAUUGCGAAUGAUACGAUAUGGCACAAACCUAGUGUUUUAAUCCAUAUAUUAAGGCAAAAACUACUCAACUAAGUCAAUCCAAAAAAAAGAAUUUCAAGAACUUUAAAAGUAUCCUCAGGUGCAGUCACAGCAAAGACCAUCAAAAACAUAAUGAUGGAACUGGCACUCAUCAGGACUCAGUCCCAACAAAAGGAAGAGCAAGAGUUCCCCCAGAAUUAGAGCAAGUUAAAAGCACCCAACCCAAGAUAAGAGUCUCACAAAUUCCUUUUUAUUUUUUGUUAUAUUUUAUACACUUUUAAGUUACUACAUGAUUCCUUAUGUGUUCCUUCAUAGUCUGGAUCACUUUACUAUUCAUUUACUGUAUCCAAACGUUUGAUUAGUACUUUAUACCCCAGUCCAUACCAAUAUUGCAUUUAUUAUAUCCGUAUUUUUCGGAUUAUAAGGUGCAUUAAGCGACACUACUAAGGACGCCUUAAUCAAAGUGAGCAAGGGUGCCGCCAUGUUUCCCUUCUAAAGGGGAAGCUAAGUAAACAAAACUGUAAUUCUUACAAAAAAAUUUAUCCUUAAAGUUAAUCUACACAGAUUUUUCUUCUAUAAACUGUUUAUUUGGGUGAGUAAAUCGCUUCCGUUUUCAGUGUUCAAGUUUCCCCAGCACUAAGGCUAGGUGCAGCAGCAUUAGCGUUAGCCGCUAACUACAGCGCUAGCUGUACAUAAAUGCUGCCCAAUGGCGCUAUACUAAGGAAUCCUGAGUGUUCUGGUAAGCCAGAGCACCAUCAGCUUGUUUCAACACGGUUAGCAACUAAUGCUAAUGCUGCUGCACCUAGCCUUAGUGCUGGAGAAACUUCACUAAAACAAACUCACCCUUAUAACUCUGUACUUCAGCAGAGUGUCUUUACUGCUCUUUAAUACCUGACUGGUAAAAUUCAUACAUAAGGAGCACCGGAUUAUAAAGUGCACAGAUUUUUUGGGGGAAAAUUUUAAGCUAUUCGGCUACAUUUGGGUUGCAGGUUAGUAGACAGUUUAUUGAUUUUAUAGAUUAAGUAUCGGUCUAAAGAGGAUUUCACUGACUGAUAAUCGAGUGGAAAUAGGUUUUUUUUUGUUUCGUUAUCUGUUAAUCCCAGUUUAGAUACUCUUUUCAUGCAUGGAACUCCUCCCAGACUGAAGAUCAAUCCCUCCAUCCCUCCAUCCUGUAUGAAUCUCUCCGCUCAUCAUAGUUCAAACACUGACUGCUGACUCCUGAACCGCUGUAGAUGAAGCGCUACGUUUCUACCAAAUCUGGAACCAUGUUUUCCUUUAGUUUUUUGGUUUCUUUUUUUAAUGGUGUAGGUUUUAAAAGGGUAUUUCUGUGUGUUAGUGUUUGUUCGUUGUUGUUUUCGGUUUUUUUUUGUAGUUUUGUUCUUUUCUUCUUUUGUCUUUUCUUCUUUUGACAGAACAGCACACUGGACGGGUGGUUAAUGUAGCGCUUCUACUCUCACUGUGAUCCAUUACUAACUCCAUCCUCAGACUCAAUCCUUCAGUGUGAUUUAUUUUGUGUGUGUGUGUGUGUGUGUGUGUAUGUGUGUAUAUAUUAAUCAAGCAUAACAUUAUGACCACCUCCUUGUUUCCACACCCAUUAAUCUAUCAUUGUUUCAGCUCCACUGAUCAUAUAGUUCACUAUGUAGCUGUAAGAAGCUUCCUGUGGGCAGUGUCCUGUAAAAGGCUUCCUGUGGGCAGUGUUUUGUAGGAAGCAUCCUGUGGAAGGUGUCCUGUGGGAGGCUUCCUGUGGGCAGUGUCCUGUAAGAGGAUUCCUGUGGGCAGUGUCCUGUAAGAGGAUUCCUGUGGGCAGUGUCUUGUAAGAGGCUUCCUGUGUAAGGUGUCCUGUGGGAGGCUUCCUGUGGACAGUGUCCUGUGGGAGGCUUCCUGUGGGCAGUGUCCUGUGGGAGGCUUCCUGUGUAAGGUGUCCUGUGGGAGGCUUCCUGUGGACAGUGUCCUGUGGGAGGCUUCCUGUGGGCAGUGUUUUGUAGGAAGCAUCCUGUGUGCGGUGUCCUGUGGGAGGCUUCCUGUGUGCGGUGUCCUGUGGGAGGCUUCCUGUGUAAGGUGUCCUGUGGGAGGCUUCCUGUGUAAGGUGUCCUGUGGGCAGUGUCUUGUAGGAGGUGUCCUGUGGGCUUUCUGAGUCUUGUAGGAGGCGUCCUGUGUGCAUGGUGUUCUGUGGGCAGCGUCCAGUGGAAGGCAUCCUGUGGGCAGUGUCCUUUGAGAGGCUUCCUGUGGGUAGCGUUCUGUGGAAAGUGUCCUGUAGGAGGAGUCCUGUGGGCAACGUCUACUCAACUAAGUAAAGAAACAAAGAAAAGUCCUUUGUGCAUGCUGUCCUAUGGAAAGAGUCCUGCGUGCGUUGCGUCCUGUGGGAGGCGUCAUGUGGGCAGUGUCCUGUGGGCAGCCUACUAUGGGUGACGUCCUGUGGGAAGCGUCCUGAGGGAAGUGUCCUGUAAUCACUGAUGACGAACUAGAGGAUGAUGUAGACUGUAAGCUGUGCAGCAACAGAUUCAGAUCUCUGGUCUCUGACUUUACUGUAUCUACAAGGUGUUUCAGCUGUAGGUAGGAGUGUGUAAUAGAGUGUAGGACAGUGAGAGAUUAAACACAGUGUUUAAAAACACCAUCUGAUCCACUCAUAACGGAGGUGGUCAUAAUUAGGGGUGGGCGAUAUGGCUCUAAAAUAAUAUCACAAUAUUUUAGGGUAUUUUUGCGAUAACAAUAUACUUGGCGAUAUGGGAAAACUAAAAUAAUUCAUUCAUUUCAGGAAUAAAUAAUGAAAUAAUAGUAUAACAGUAUAAUCAUAAUGUGGCAAAAUAAAUAAUAUAGCAUAAAAUAAUAUAAUGCAGCAAAUAAUAUUGCAGAAUAUUUAGUGCAUGCAUAUAAACUGCAAACUAAAACAAUUAUACAAUAAAUACACCUAAAGCUUCACAGUAAAUAAUAGACUACUUUUAAGACAGAACAGCCCUAUUAUCACGAUAUGGAUUUUUAAUAUCAUGAUAUUUCUGCGUCACAAUAUAUUGUAUACGAUGUAAUAUUGCCCACACCUAGUCAUAAUAUUAUGCUUGGUUGUGAACGUGUGUGUGUGCAUGAUGUCCGUUUCUGUUAGAGGAGUGCAUGAGAUCCGGAGUGUAAAUAUGGUAAUUUGAGUUUUUCACAGUUUUUAAAGCUGCAUGUUUCUCUUUAGCAGAGUGAGGCAUGCUUGUGAUCAGUGUAAUUGUGCUUAUUUUAGUUUUAUUUUAAUUUCAGCCUGUAACUAAAAGCUAUAUUUCAUUUCCCCGUGCAGCAGAUUCUCCCACCGGGGUGGUGGUGAGUUACCUUGAUGUGAAUGUGUCUCAUUAAAUAUUUUUGGUGAAAGACAUCAAGUGAAAAUAUGAAAUAAUAAAUUGUAUUGUACUCUGUC